CUUUCCCCAUCACCUGUAUAAUAGACCUUCGCCCGCAGAUAAAGCUUUAUCCUUGCUCUCAUAAACGCAGUAAGGAAAGAAACCUUCAACAUACAGUACAGGAGUCAGACAUGAUCAGAUGAAGAAUAAAGAAAAGACUGAUCAUCAUGUUCAGCACAGUGAGCAAUCUGAGGAUUGUUCUUCUGGGGAAGAGCGUGUCAGAAAACAGUGACGUGGGAAACUUCAUAUUAGGAAGAGCAGCGUUUGACGAUAAAGCUCCUCCAGAUGUUGUAGAGAGAGUCAGAGGAAGAGUGAAAGACAGACAUGUGAUGCUCAUCAACAGUCCUCAGCUGCUCCAGACAAACAUCUCAGAUCAUCAGCUCACACAGACAGCGAGAGAGAGUGUGUAUCUGUCUGAUCCAGGACCUCACGUGAUCGUUCUUGUCCUUAACCCUAAUCAGUGUUCGACAGAAGAUGAAGAGCGUGUGAAGAAGGUGCUGGGUGCUGAGCAGGGUUUUCAACACACCAUGGUGCUCACCACACAAGAGAGCAAUGAAACUAAUGACAUUCUACAGAAAAUCAUUCAGAAAUGCUUCAACAGACACUUUAGUCUUCAGAGGAGCAGUUCUCCUGACGAUCUUCUGCAGACGUUUGAGGACAUCGUGCAAACGAAUGCUGGACGUCACUUGGUUUGCACUGAAGGUUCACAGUAUUUCACAACAAACCAACAGGCCAGAACAAGAUGUCACUCAGAGAUUGAAGAUGAUUUGAGGAUUGUGCUGCUGGGAAAAACUGGAGUUGGGAAAAGUGCAACAGGAAACACCAUCUUAGGAAGAGUUGCGUUUAAAGCAGAAACUUGUCAAGAGUCAGUUACUAAAGAGUGUCGGAGAGAAUCAUCUGACAUCAAUGGCCGACAUGUUACUGUGAUCGACACUCCAGGACUGUUUGACACUGAACUGAGUAAUGAGGAGAUCCAGAGGGAAAUCAGCAACUGCAUCUCCAUGAUCCUGCCUGGACCACAUGUGUUCAUCAUUGUGCUCAAUUUAGGACAAAGAUUCACUCAAGAGGAGGCAACCACUGUAAAGAUCAUCCAGGAGACGUUUGGUGAACACUCUUUAGUGUUCACCAUAGUGCUCUUCACCAGAGGAGAUUAUCUGAAGGACAAAACCCUUGAUCAGUGUUUGGGAAAACCUGGAUCUUCUUUGAUGAACUUUAUAGAAGCUUGUGGAAACAGAUGUCAUGUGUUCAAUAAUAAUAAUCAGACUGGAGACCGAACACAGGUGUCUGAUCUACUGGAGAAGAUAGACAACAUGGUGGCAGCAAAUGGAGGGAGUUUCUACUCAUGUAAGAUGUUCAGACAGAUGGAAAGAGAAAAACAAGAACAACAGAUGAAGAUCCUGAUGGAGAGAGUGGACCAAUUGAACCGAGAAAGAGAAGAACUGAUGAAGAAACUAGAAGAAGAGAAAAAGAAAAUGAAGAGGAUGAUAGAGGAAGAAAGACAGAAUCAUGACAGAGAGCUGAAGAAACGAGAAGAAGACUUUAGAGAGACAGAAGAAAGAUAUAAAAGAGAAGCCGAGGAACAGGAGAUGCAGAUGAAAGAUGAGAUGAAAAGAGAACGAGAGAUGUUUAGAGAUGAAAUUGAGGACAGGAGACAAGAAAAAGACAAUCUACAGACCAAAUACGACAAAGAAAUUGACAGAUUGAUGAACAGAAUAGAGAAUGACAGACAGUAUCAUGAGAAAGAGAGAGAGAGAAAAGAAAAUCAGAUUAAUGAGAGAGAAGAACAAUAUAAAAUAGAGAUGGGAAGAGAACGAGAGCAUUGGGAGAGGCAGAAACUAGAGGAACAGAUGAGAAAAGAAGAAGAAGAUGAGAAAUUAAAACAGGCUUUAGAUGAAAGGUACCAGAGACUCCAAAUUGAAAUGGAGGAAAUAAUCAGGGAAAAAGAGAGAAUAGUAAGAGAGAGACAAAGCCAACUAGAGGAUUUUGAGAAGAGACUGAAUGAAGAAAGAAACGUAAGAGAAAAUGAACAAAAGUCUUUUGAUGAAAUCCUGAAACUCCUCAAAGAACAGUAUCAAGAUGAGCAAAAAAGACAAAUUGAGGAAGAAGUGAAGUGGAGAAAUGUAUAUGAAAGAGAGAAAGAGGAGAUGAAGAUCUCCUCUGAAAUUGAUGCGUCACGACAGGUUGCAGCCUACAGAAAACUGGAGGCCGAAUACAGGAAAUGGUCCUGGAGUCUUUACAGCGCCAUGAAGGAAACUGAGAUCAAAAUACUCAAGCAAAUAGAAAAUGAAGGCAUUCAUGAGUUUGAGGAAACUGAUCUUCAAAGAGAACUGAAGGGGGCGAGUGAAGAAUUGGAAAAAUCAAUGUCACAAUUCUUUGAGAAUGACAGAGAUGCAGAUAUACUGAUUCAGUGGAAAACAUCUUUUGAAAUCCAACUCCAAGUGUUUCAGCAAAACAUCAUCAGAGAAUCGAAGCAGAAAUUGAAUGAGAUUCUUCAGCAGCGAAACCUGAAGCCUUAUGAUCCCUGGAAUAAUCCUAAAAACACUGUCUAUGAAAAGAGCAAAGAACUCGCCCUGAAACUCAAAGACAAAGCAAAAGAUGAAAAAACUCUGAAGAAAGAGUUUGACUGGUUUUGGGAAAAGUGUGUAAUGAAGCUCAUCAGAAACAAUCAUUGGCUCAAAAACAUGGACAUCAUGAGAGAUGUGAAUCUCAUCCUCGGUGACAUCUAUAAAAGUUCUCCUGUAUAUCAGUUGAAACAAAGCAAUGGGUACAACAAUAUUUUCACCAUGACGAGUUAUUCUGAGUGUGCUAUUUUCAAAAAGCCCUCAAAAAAAGGCAUUCGAGUGGCUCAAACAUCUCUCAAAAAACUGUCUGCAAAGGAUGACGCUCCAGUAAGAAAGUUCCUCAGUGAUAUCGGUCAGCAGGCAGACGUUAUGUUUCAGUCGUUCAACAUUUCAAAGAUGGGUUACCACAUCAGCUGCGUUCAAAAAGUCACACAUUAUAUCAUUGAGACAAUAACCAAAUAUCAGGAAGGGCCAGUGAAAUAUGUUUUCAUGGAGGAAUUCGUCAUGGAUUUGGUUUAUUCCAUCUGUAAGAGCAUAAACAUGACGAUCACUGACCGACACAGUGACCCUGGAAGGUAUGUUGAGGAGAAGAGAUCAGAGUACUAUAGAGUUUUCCAAAAAUACUGUCAUGAAGCUGCAUCUGCUGCUGUUUUCGGUCAGAACAUCUGUCAAAAACUCAAAGAGUCCAUUGAGCAGAGCGUCUACAAGAAGACUGCAACUGACCUGGCAGAUGAAAUGAAAAUAAACUGUCCAUCACUGAAUGAAAACAGGUCAAAUCUGGAGAAACACAUCCUGGCAACACUGGCAGAAAAUGAGAAUUUUUCUGCAUACAUGUACUACAAUCACACAAAAUCAGAGAUUGGAAAUCAAGUCAGUCAAUACAUCACUGAUAAUUUCACUGUCAGUGUUUUACCCAAGUUGAAGGAGAAUAUUGAAUUACUGGAGCAGAACCUCGUGGAAAAAGCGCAUGGAUCUACUGAUUAUUUUCACAAGAAAUGUGUUGAUGCUGGCUUGUGGUUGAAGCAUUUUACACAUCAGCUCUCAGAUAUGCUGUUCUUCUCUGAAAUAGACCUCAGCGAUGUCAAACAUGAUGCUGUCGAUGAUUUCCACCUCCUAGCUGAUGUGCUAGAACAUGAACUUUCUGCUGUAAUGUCUGAGAUCAGCAGGAGAUUCAGUGUCAGCAUUUUUCCAUUAAAUAUGGACUUAAAGUUAAAUGAGGAUUCUCAGUGCUGAUAUUUGCACAAAUUUGGUGACAAGUCAUCAGGACUUUUAUACAUCACAAGGUUCCCAUGGCGAGAAUACAGGAGGAGCUUAUCCCAGGUGAAAAAAAAGUGCACUUCCAUAAUAUACUUAAAGUGCUCUAUUUCCGCACACUAAGUUUGUACUUAAUAUACUAAAAAUGAUUCUUUAGUACUAUGCUAUUUUGGGAGACCAUGAUAUAAACUAAAAUGUGCUUUAAACAUUCUCUCUUUGUAUUAAAAAAAAAAAGUAUUUAGUUACCACUUGUAGUAAACUUGAACCAUCUUUCAUACACUAGUACACUCAAGUGUACUAAAAGUGGUGACUAAAUACCUUUUUUUUAAUGCAAAGUGAGUGUUAAGCACAUUUUAGUUAAUAUUCAUGGUGUCCCAAAAUAGCACAGUUCAGUACACUUAGAUGAUCUUAAGUUUAUCUUAGAAAGUACUUAAGAAUCAUUUUUAGCAUAUUAAGUACAAAAUAAGUGUGUAAAAAUAGAGCACUUUAAGGACAUUGUGGAAGUGUACUCUUUUUUUCAGCUGGGAUGCCUUCUGGAAUAAUUCUAAAAAGACAGCAGACACUGACAGAAAUUGAUAUGUACCGAUAUAAAUUCUCUCGCUCAUUGGCUGCUGCACCGACUCUGAAAAUAUGCUAGAAGCGUAGUGUUGUUUGCCGACUAGAAGAGCACAAAUUCGACAAAAAUGGCUGUGCUUUACCAGUGGACACAAUGGGAGAAUCAGUACCUAUUUGGACGAAGAAGCUGAAAAGUUUUGAGACCAGAAGACAGAAAGACAGACAAAGAAAAAUAAACAAACAAACAAAAAAAUAAAUAAAAUUAAAAAAAUAACACGCAUAAACAUUGAUACAUCAAACACAAGGUGGGAAGAUUUAGUACCGGAGAAAAUCCUGAGUAGUGACGCUCAAGUUGCUUCUCUUUUAUCACAUUACAUUUAUACCAUUAAGUUGGUUUACAAAUCAAGAUUCCACUUCUUCUUAUUAAAGGCUAUAUGUUUUUUUCCUAAUAAUACUGCAUUAUGUAUUGUUUUUUACAUUCCAAAAAAAUGUGAUUCUGAUAAAUAAAACAGCACCUCAAAUACA